CGGGCGGCGUUAAGACCCAGCAGAUGUACAGUACAGCGAACAUCUGUCGCCGCGGUCUCCGCUCCGUAUGAAUCGCGCCCGGACUCCAGUCUGGAGACACUCACGCUCCGAGGCGGGCUGGGAUCAGGACCGGAGCGGAUCCAGGGCCGGGGAGGAUGUGCGCGGAUGAGUCCGGACCAUGAGAGCAGAAAGUGGAGCCAGACGCACUGAGCCGCAGCGAUAAGACAGCGCGCAGCAAAAUGAAGACACCUAUGCGCCAUGGGGUAGCCGUGCUUCUCGUCCUCCUCCUGUGCGCCAGCUUGUUCCUCGUGUACAACGGCAGCUUCCACAGUCCCUCCAGGGAAACUAACGACACCCACGUCCGACAGCAUGAACAUCUGCAGCAGCCGCCCGAAGCCUCCGGCAGCGCGGCGAAGCCUCACCUGCCGGCCCUCCAGGGAUACAUCGGCAUCAUCGACCAUAAGCCUCUCAGGAUGCACUGCCACACCUGCUCUCUGAUCACCAGCUCCGGCCAUCUCAUCGGCGGACGCCGGGGAAAGGAGAUCGACCGGGCCGAGUGCGUCAUCCGCAUGAACGACGCCCCCACCGCCGGCGCGUACGGCCAGGACGUCGGCCGCCGCACCUCCCUGCGAGUCAUCGCCCACUCCAGCAUGCAGCGGGUGCUGCGCAGCCGCCACGAGCUGCUCAACGCCAGCCAGGACACGGUGUUCAUCUUCUGGGGCCCCAGCAACUACAUGAGGCGGGACGGGAAGGGCCUGGUGUACAACAACCUGCGGCUGAUGAACCAGGUGCUGCCCAAGCUCAAGGUCUACAUCAUCUCCUGGCAGAAGAUGCUGCAGUUUGACGAGUUGUUCAAGAAGGAGACGGGCAAGGACAGGAAGAUUUCCAACUCGUGGCUGAGCACCGGCUGGUUCACCAUGACCAUCGCUCUGGAGCUCUGCGAUAGGAUCAACGUGUACGGCAUGGUGGCCCCCGACUUCUGCAGGGAGCCUCAGCACCAGUCCGUCCCCUACCACUACUACGAGCCGCGGGGGCCCGACGAGUGCGCCAUGUACAUCUCCCAUGAGCGCGGCAAACGCGGCAGCCACCACCGCUUCAUCACGGAGAAGCGCGCCUUUGCCAACUGGGCAAGGACGUUUGACAUCCACUUCUUCCAGCCGGACUGGAGCCCCCCGCCUCUCCCAGACAACCGGACACUGCCGGGAACGGCCACCGCCGCUGCCGCCGCUAUCGUUCUGCAGAAUACGUGACUGCCAGUGGAGCUGGGAUGCGCUUUUAGAGAUCCAAUAGCUCCGAUGGACAACUGGAAAAACAGACAGCGCUGCAUGGAUGAGGAGUGCCUUUGCUGCAGCCAGAGUUUUAUUCAUGGAGGGACAUGAUGCGGCUCAGAGCUGUUUGAAAACCUGAAAGGCAGAAUCAUCAAACUCUCUGAAGGGGGGUGUGUGCGUAUGUGUGUGUGUGUGUGUGUUAUGUAUUUGAUGUAUUGUGGGGACCAUUUUCCUGACACAUAUUCCAUUGUGGGGACCCAUCGCUUCUGUGGGGAUGAAAGUCUGGUCCCCACAAGGAGAAAUGUUGUUUUUGUGCUAGGGUUAGGUUUAAGACUAAGGUGUGAAUUGAGUUUUGGUUAGGGUUAGGUAUGUGAUGGUUAGAAAUGAAUGGAAGUCAAUGGAAAGUCCUACAAAAGUAGAGACACAUACUGUGUGCUGUCUAGAGCAUUUCCCUUUUGCUCUCUUUGACUGCUAAGAACAACAGAGGCAGAACCACUACGAAUCAUUAGAGUCAGAGGAGCAACUUAUCCAUAUUAAGUGACAAAAAAUACUUAUAUUUAAGCUAAUUUAAAAUAUACAUUUUUGCUCAUGCUGCAGACCUUGAUAUUAAUUCAUGCUGCCAUUAAAUGGCAUUCGGAACAAUAUUCAUUUUCAAAUGUGGCCAUAAUUUCUUUUUUUGAGGAUAUUUGUAUUGAAAACACUUAUUUAAAUAAUAACACUAAAGCCCAGAUAUCCAGGACCCCUGUUGGCAUUUUUUCUUAAAUGAUUAAAAGUGAAAUUUGAAGAUAUAUUAUGACAACUGGGCUUAAAAGUAAAUUUUAUAUUGGGUUUUUGCUUUUUCAAAUGACCAGAAACAGAAGUCCCCUCUUGGCAGGUUAGCCAGAUAGUUCACUGUCGGUAACAUUGAAGUCACCUUGCAAAAGUAUUUAUACACUCAUAACUUGCUCAUCCCAUUUCUAUGAUGGUGUGUUAGGGCCAUUGUGGAUAGGAACAAAUAAGUACAUUUUAGCCAAAAAAAAACUCAGAAAAUUGCUUGACAAAACUCAGAUUUUGAAAAGUCGAAAAUUUGCUAGCAAAUAAUCUAAUUUUGGGAUUAAUCUUAAAAAUGUCCAAAUUUAUUUCCAGAAAAUUUCUGACAUUAGGGUAGGGUAAAAUUAGAAUUUUUUCU